GGGGAGGCGCACUGCGCAGGCGCGGCGGCGGCUCCUCUCGGCCCAGCGCUCGCGGACAAGUCCCGGCAGCGCGCGCCCCCGCUCCCGCCCCGGGACCGCCCCCUCCCCCUUUCGGCGGCGGCGGCGGCGUCGAAGGUAAACAAUAGUUGGCCGGUGACCGCGGAGCGCUUCUCCCGCCGCCGGAUUCGGCGGGCUGCGUGGGAUCAGCGGGAUCCCGGGCCGGCCGGCCGGCCAUGGCGGGGCUGUACUCGCUGGGAGUGAGCGUCUUCUCCGACCAGGGCGGGAGGAAGUACAUGGAGGACGUUACUCAGAUCGUGGUGGAGCCCGAGCCGACCGCUGAGGAGAAGCGCUCGCCGCGGCGGUCGCUCUCGCAGCCGUCAGCGCCGGCUCUUCCCGGCGGCGGCGGCGCCGAGGUCUCGGGGAAAGGCCCGGCGGCGGGAGCCCGAGAGGCUGGCGCCCCUGCCCCGGACGCGGGGGCCUCGCCGGCCCCGGGCCGUUGCUGCCGCCGCCGCUCCUCGGUGGCCUUUUUCGCCGUGUGCGACGGGCACGGCGGGCGGGAGGCGGCACAGUUCGCCCGGGAGCACUUGUGGGGCUUCAUCAAGAAGCAGAAGGGGUUCACCUCGUCCGAGCCCGCCAAGGUGUGCGCUGCCAUCCGCAAGGGCUUCCUCGCCUGUCACCUCGCCAUGUGGAAGAAGCUGGCAGAAUGGCCAAAGACUAUGACAGGUCUUCCCAGCACGUCGGGGACAACAGCCAGUGUGGUCAUCAUACGGGGCAUGAAGAUGUAUGUAGCUCACGUGGGUGACUCAGGCGUGGUUCUUGGAAUUCAGGAUGACCCAAAGGAUGAUUUUGUCAGAGCUGUGGAAGUGACACAGGAUCAUAAGCCAGAACUUCCCAAGGAAAGAGAACGCAUCGAAGGACUUGGUGGGAGUGUGAUGAACAAGUCUGGCGUGAAUCGUGUAGUUUGGAAACGACCUCGACUCACUCAUAAUGGACCUGUUAGAAGGAGCACAGUUAUUGACCAGAUUCCCUUUCUGGCAGUAGCAAGAGCACUUGGUGAUUUGUGGAGCUAUGAUUUCUUCAGUGGUGAAUUUGUAGUGUCACCUGAACCAGACACAAGUGUUCACACUCUUGAUCCCCAGAAGCACAAGUAUAUUAUCUUGGGGAGUGAUGGACUUUGGAAUAUGAUUCCACCUCAAGAUGCCAUCUCAAUGUGCCAGGACCAAGAGGAGAAAAAAUAUUUAAUGGGUGGUGAGCAUGGACAAUCUUGUGCCAAAAUGCUUGUGAAUCGAGCACUAGGCCGCUGGAGGCAGCGGAUGCUUCGAGCAGAUAAUACCAGUGCCAUAGUAAUCUGCAUCUCUCCAGGAGUGGGUAGUCAGGGAAAUUUCACCAAUGAUGAUGAGCUCUAUCUGAACCUAACAGAUAGCCCUUCCUAUAAUAGUCAAGAAACCAGCCUGCGGACUUCUUCCCCAAGUUCUACACCACCAGUCAAGUCAAUGGAGGAGGACCCUUGGUCAAGACUGAACUCUAAGGACCAUAUACCUGCCCUUGUUCGUAGUAAUGCCUUCUCAGAGAACUACUUAGAAGUCCCAACUGAGGUGGCUCGAGGGAAUGUCCAGGCUGCAGUCUUACCCUCAAAAGAUACAGAGCCACUUGAAGAAAAUUGCACUAAAGCCCUGACAUUAAGGAUACAUGAUUCUUUGAAUAAUAGCCUGUCAGUUGGCCUGGUGCCUACCAAUUCAACAAACACCAUCAUGGACCAGAAAAAUAUAAAGAUGUCAACUUCAGGUCAAAUGAAAGCCCAAGAAGUUGAAAGAACCCCUCCAGCAAACUUUAAAAGGACAUUAGAAGAAUCCAAUUCUGGCCCUCUUAUGAAGAAGCAUAAACGAAAUGGUUUAAGUCGAAGUAAUAAUGCUCAGCCUGCAAGCCUUGCCACAACUUCACAGCGAAAGAACUCUGUUAAACUUACCAUGCGACGCAGACUUAGGGGCCAGAAGAAAAUUGGAAAUCCUUUACUUCACCAGCACCGAAAAACUGUUUGUGUUUGCUGAACUUUGUCUGAAAAAUGUCUUUUUUCCAAAUUUAGGAUAUAAGGCUUUUGAAGAUGGUGCCGAAAAUGAACUUUUUUUUAAAAAGGACAAAAUAAAAAUGGUAUACAGUUUGACUUUUUUGAAUUCAACAGUUUAAUCUUGGCCUUGUACUUGCUUGUAUUAUAAAUGUGAAUUUUAUAGAUGUUAGGGUAUAUGUUGCUGUAAAAUGUGUGUAAAUUUGUAUCCUUCACACAAACUCAGUCUCUUACUCUGAUACACAGUAAUUAUAACGACAGGGCUAAAGGUUUUAAACUUUUAAAAAUGCUUAUUUAGUCACUUGUGAUGAACUUUUUAAAGUAAAUUAUUAAGCAAACUGGAAAGUGACGUAUUUUCAUAGUGAUCUGUGUUCCACUUAAUGUUUCUUAGAGACUGUCUUUUAAAAAUUAUUUUUUAUUUCUAAUUUCAUAAUUCAGAACUAAAUUUUUCAUAGAAGCAGAAGUAGCUGGCUUUUAGUCUUCUUGUCCUAAUUAAAAUACUAUGCACUAUCUUUUAUUUCAGUAGCAUUUUUCUAAAAA